AUGAUUUAUUACAGUAUUUGUUCAGCUCCACCGACUGUCGUCAUUUCGCCGGAUGAGCCGGAAUACCUGUUGUCAGUUGGUGAUGAGCAGGUGGUUGUUCGAUGUCUUGCCAAGGGUAAUCCUACUCCAACUAUCAAAUGGUCUCGAAAGGACGGAAAAAUGCCGUCAGACAUCUCAAUUCGUGGUCCGCAUCUGGUGAUUUCGAAGGCGAAAAAAUCGCAUUCGGGCGAAUAUGAAUGCACAGCGAAUAAUGCUGCCGGCAGUGAUUCUGCCACAUUGAAAAUACAAGUAAACGAGCGUGAAGAUGCAGCAAAUCACGGUGAGUUCAAGCAUGAUGUCGUAUUUGUGCAUGUGUUGUGCUGUUCUGUUCCUCUACACUUCACCUCGCUUAACCUCGCUUUCUAA